CUCUUCUUUCUUUCUCCUCCUUCCCUCUCUCUCUCUGUCUGUUCUUCCUCCUCCUUAACCAUCCUCACCUCUCUUUCUCUCUCUCUCUUCUCUAUCUCUCUUUACGUUACUUUUCUCUUUCUCCGGUCUAAAAUGCAGCAACCUGAAGUUCCGGUUUGCCGCCGCCAUUGAAGACGCGUCUUUGAAGAUAAUUUGCUUUAAUUUGUUGAGUUUAUUUCGGUUUUGGAUUUUGGACGUGAAGGAGGUGGAGAUUUGGAUUUUUCAGAGUUCAAGACUGAAGUUUGCAUAGCCUAUGUUACAGAACAAAGGAGUGAUUCUGUAAUCAAGGAAGCUAAAAACGUUAGUGUGUUGACCUAUGGGUAACGAUGAUGAAGUGAAAUCUGUGAAGACUGAACAAUCAUCUUCACCGCUGACCGCGGAUCCCAAAAACCAUACCAAUCAGACGAAUAUUCAUGUUUAUCCUGAUUGGGCAGCCAUGCAGGCAUAUUAUGGUCCCAGAGUUCCUAUGCCGCCAUAUUACAACUCACCAGCAGCUUCUGGCCAUGCUCCCCAUCCAUAUAUGUGGGGACCCCCACAGACUAUGAUGUCACCCUAUGGGGCACCUUAUGCAGCAAUAUACUCUCACGGAAGUGUUUAUGCGCAUCCAGCAGUUCCUCUUGGUUCAAAUGGUCAAGGGGUUCCACUAUCACCUGCUGCUGCAAAUCCGUCAAGUGUGGAAACACCUACAAAGUCAUCUGGUAAUAAUGAUCGAGGGUUGGUGAAAAGGUCAAAAGGAUUUGAUGCACUUGAAAUGUCAAUAGGCAAUGGUAAUGUUGAGAAUGCUGAAGGUGAAGCUGAUCAGUCUCUCUCCAAGAGUUCUGCAACUGAAGGUUCUAGUAGUGAUGGGAAUGCUUCUCGGGCAAAUCAAUCCAGAAGAAAAAGAACUCGUGAGGGAACGCCCACCACUGUUGUGGCAAUAGCUGGAGAUCAGAAACCUGAAAUGCAGGCCAGUCCGGCUUCUGCAAAGGAUGUAAACGCAGCUUCUAAUAAGGUGUUGGGUACAACUGUUGCUGCUGUUGGUGUCCCAGCAAAAUUGGUUAGACCGGCAGUGUCUCCUGGCAUGACCACUGUGUUGGAACUCAAGAAUCCGUCCAGCUUGAACUUGGCCAGUGCUACUAGUGUUCAACAACCCAGAGCAGUUUUGCCUCCAGAGACCUGGUUACAGAAUGAAAGGGAGCUCAAAAGGGAGAGGCGGAAACAAUCUAAUCGGGAAUCUGCUAGAAGAUCCAGGUUGAGGAAGCAGGCUGAGACUGAUGAACUUGCACGAAAAGUUGAGGCCUUGAAUGCUGAUAAUGAGUCACUUAAAUCUGAAAUAAAUCGAUUGGCAGAAAGUUCUGAUAGACUGAGGGUUGAAAAUGCUUCACUACUGGAGAAACUGAAAAAAGCACGAGUAGGACGAAUGGAAGAGAUUAUCAUGAAUAUUGAAGAUAACAGGGUCGAAGCUAUUAGUACAGAAAACCUGCUGUCAAGAGUCAAUAACUCCGGUGCAAUAGCUAGAGAUGUUGAGGAAGAGGGUAGCAUGUAUGAGAAAAAGGCUACGGCAAAGCUGCAUCAGCUCCUGGAUGCGAGUCCAAGGACUGAUGCCAUUGCUGCUAGCUAAUGAAUGGACCGGUAUCUGUGUAGUCCUCCUAAUCUUGUGUAGUUUUGGCAUAUUAAAAGCCCAAAAUUACUGCUAACAAUAAGCAGGAGAGCGUGACAGCUGAACAGGAUAUCAGGGUGCAAGCCGAAAGCUGAGCCUCUAAUUUAUACUUUGUGGUUAGUUAUCUGAUGAGUGAUGACUGAUGCCUGAUAAUGGCGUGUAUUUCUAAACAGGACUAUACUAUUCAGAGGUGCCGGUAUGGCCGCUGAAUGUGAUGUACAUUGAAGAGUGCUAGAGUUUUGUUAAGAGUAGAAGAACCCUUAUUUGUAUGAAUGUCUGGGUGUUGUAUACAUUGUUAACCUUUUACACUGAUGUGGUAAUUGUAAUCUGUUGUACUCGAUUGGUACGUUUGUGCUUUGGCUGUGUUGCUAACAUGUAGCUUUGGACACGAUUUUUUUGGUG